AUGAAAUGUCAGAUUUUCUACAAGUGUCUCUUUGUUGUAGUUAUAUUUUUGAAUGAAUAUAAUGCAAUUAUGCUUAGUACCAGAAGAAAUAACCAUAAUACAAUAAAAUACAUAUUUAAUGAUAAAUUCAAUUUUAGUGAAAAAGAAAAAAAAAGUUAUACAUUUCCUCCAUAUAUGAAUGUUAUAAAAAAUAAAAGGAAAAAAACACAGUCUUGCAUUUUUUCUUCUCCUUUAAAAAUAAAUUAUAAUAGCGUUAUUGAUAAAUCAAGAAGAAACAUAUCUUCAUCUUUUCAUAAUAUAUAUAAUAAUACAAAUCAUAUUGAUACAAAUAUAAAUAAUAAUAAUAAAAAGAAAUUAUCUGAUCCGUUGCACUUUUUUAUACAUUCAUUUAUAUCCCAUCGAAUAAAUAAUAAUAAUAAAUAUAAUAAAUAUAUUUUAUAUACUAAUAAUCAGUAUCAUUUUUCGCCUCAUUAUUGUAAAAAGAAGAAUUAUUUUGUUACCCAGCUUAACGCAGAAAAUACUAAUUAUAUUAAAGAAGUUGCAACCACCCUUAAAACGACUAGCCAAAGUAACUUAGAUAAUAAUUUAAUAUUAAACGAGAAAAAAAUGGAAAUAAAUAUUAUUCCAAAUAAAGAAGAAGAAGAAGACGAGAUAAAAAAGGGGGGGCAACAUUCCAAAAUAUUACAUAACAUCAACAUUUAUGAUGUAAAAGAAGAUAAUAAAAGUACAGAAUUAAAAGAACAACAGAAUGAUAUAAAAAAUAUGAAUAAUGUUUCAUUAAUGAAAACAAAAAAUAAUGAUAGCAAUACUAUAUAUUAUGAUUCUCAUAAGAAUGCAAAUAUUCUUACUCUUGAAGAGUUAAUAAAGACAAAAAAAGUAUCAAAUAUUUUUAUUAUAAAUAACACAGAAAAUGAAGAAUUAAAUAUCGAAUUAUAUUUUGAUCACAAAGAAUUAAAGCUUUUAAGAAAAAAAGAGGAAACACUCAAUUCUUUGAAAAAUAGAUUGACAUUAAAUUUAUUAAAAUUAGAAAAAAAAAAACUAAAAAGAAAAAGACAACAUGGUGAAGUUAAAGAGCAAAAUGGAAAGGAUAAAAUGAUAUUAAUAAAGGAAGAAAAAUCUGGAGAAUUAAUAAAUAAUAUAAAAGAUAACAUUAAUGAAAAUAUAUGUAAACUAGCUACAAAAGAGGAAGAAAAAACUUCAAUUCAUUUUCUUGAUAUUGAUAAUAAUAUUAUUGAUGAAAAUAAUAUAUUAUCAAAUAUUAUGGAUAAAUUAAAAUAUGUAGUUAUAAAUGGAAUGAAAAUAGAAAUAUUCAAAAACUUGUAUGAAUUAAAACAAAUAUAUAUAUCUAUGGAUGUAUUUGAUAAUCAUCCUAUUAUACCUUGUAAUAUGCCUAUGAAUAAUUUAAAUAAAUAUAUAUAUUACUGGAUUGAUUCAAAUGAUAAAAACGUAAUUAAAUCAUUGGAUCUGUUUUAUGUACCAAAUAAAGAAGAUGUUAAUAAAAAACUUCAACUCGUUAUAUAUGAUAAGGAAAAUCCUUUCCAUUUUUAUGUUACAGAUGAUGUAUAUGUUAAUGAAAAUAGGUUUAAAAACGAAAUGAUGAUAAAGAACAAUAGAUAUUCUGAAUUUAAUAAUGAUGAUAGAAAAAAUAAUAGUUGUGAAAAAAAUAUUAUACGUAUAUUAUCAUAUAAUAUUUUAGCACCUAUAUAUACAAAUACUAAAUAUGCAUUAGAACAUAUGUUUAAAAAUAUAGACCCAUGUUAUUUAAAAACAAAUUAUAGAUCCCAUCUUUUAAUACAUGAUAUUAAUAAUUAUUAUGAUAUUAUAAGUUUACAAGAAGUAAGUGAAUAUUUACAUAAUAAUUUAUUUUGUACCUUUUUAAAUGAAAAUUAUUUUUCUAAUUAUAAGCCAAAAAAUAAUUAUGGAAAUGAUGGAUGUUCCUUAUUUGUAAAUAAAGAAAAAUUUUCAUUAAUUGAAUAUAAAAAUUAUGAAUUUAAUCAAGUUAUAAAAACAGAUGAAUUAAAAAACAUAUAUGAUACCUUUUUAAAUUUAUCAAAGGAAUUAGAUGAUAUAAUAAAAGAAAUUAAAACAGUAUUCCAAAUAGGAAUAUAUAUGCAUAAAAAUACAAAUUCCAUUUUCCUUAUAUCUAAUACUCAUUUCUAUUUUCAUAGUCUAGCACAACAUAUAAGAGCUUUACAAUCAUAUACUAUUCUACACAUAUUACAAACAUUAAAAAACAAAUAUCAAUUAACUUAUCCUGACAAAGAAAUAUAUGUCAUAUUAAACGGAGAUUUUAAUACAAAUUUCGAUUCAGAAGUAUUUCAUUUUAUGCAAGGAAAAGAUAUUUCUCCAACGUCAGAAAUAUGGCUUAAUGCACAACUUUUUAAAAAAGAAUUUGAUGAUCUAGAUAAAUAUCCAAAUCUAUUCGAAUUAGAAAAAAACAAAAAUAAUAAUGAACAAUCUAUAAUAGGACCACAUUUAGACAGAAAGAAAUUUAUACCUCUAUAUUCUGCAUAUACAAAACAAGAUAUCCAAUUCACAAAUUGGAAUAACAACUUUAUUGAUGUUCUUGAUUAUAUAUUUUUAUCUACAAAUAUAAAAGUUAAAAAAGUCUUAAAGGGUAUUGAUAAAGAAUGCUUUCAAAAAUACAAAGGUGCUCUUUCUCCUAUAAACCCUAGUGAUCACAUAUCUAUAGCUGCUGAGGUAGAAUUAUGA